AUGGCUUAUAUUGCCAGGUCAUACCGCUCUAGGCAGCUCUUACUGCCUCUUAAUUUAGUCUUUUGCGGAGACUUUAAUGCCUAUAACCCGUGGUGGGACCCCCUAUAUAAGGCAUGUGACGAAGAAGGCAAUACGCUAGUAGACUGGAUCGACUACUAUGAUUUAGCCCUCUUAAAUACCCCUAGUAUUAGCACCUUCUAUUGUCUGCAUAUGGCUAGGCCGAUAAAUAUCAACCUUACGCUAGCGCAUUGA